AUGAUAAAUUUAAAAGAAGAAUAACGUAUUGAAAAAAUCAAGUUGGUGAACAUUUUUGGAUUACAUUUCAAAUACACUCUCAUCCUAUUAAUUAUUAAUACUUUGAUAAGAACAUAAGGUAAUGACUCUUUUUAUAUAACAAUUACGUAAUAUUUAACUUUGAUGAAUUUUGCCUUUAAUUUUAUUGCUGCAACCUUUUUAGUGUGUUUAGAAAAAGAAUUCCCAAAAUUGGAGUAUUUCCUCAUCUACACUGUAAAUAUUUUUGGGUUUAUUAUUCUUUUGGUUUAUUCAUUAAAUUACUACCUAAGCAUGUAGGAGACUGAUCCUGCCCUUCAUUUAUACGUUAAAGCCUUUAUGCUAAUCCUAUUACAAAAGGAAAUUGAGAUAUUGAUAAUCAAGAUUUUUCCAUUAGAGUUUAUGAACAGAUUCGUGAAUAGUUUCACAUCUUGUAUUAUAGCAGCCUUGAUAUUGUCUCACGAGGAUAAUUAUGAAUGCCAACAUAAUUACUCAAUGAUAUCGCUGUCUUUGCUUUUAACUAAUCUAUUGACAACAAUUAUCAAUGUGAUAUUUACACUAAUUCUAUUUAAUUAGAACAAAUAAUAAAAAGAAAUUAGAAACUUUGCAAAUAUGUUACUAACAGUGUUGUUUAUAAUUCAUAUUGCCCAAUAUAUUUAUACAUUAUCUAAAACCUAUAAUAAGAUGGAUUAGGAAUGUAACUCUUUUAGAUUCAUUUUUGCAAUCCAGAAUUACGUUGCACCCAUAAACUUGAUUUGUUUUUGCUUUGUGAUAGUUUUAGAGGUUCAAUAUUUUAAAUAGAAUUUAGAACAUCAAAAUUAAUUGGAAAAGAAUGAUGAAUAAAAAAAAAUGUAUAGUGCAAACAUUUAGAUUUCAUAAAAUUAAAAAUUGCAAAAUAAGCAAUCAAUGAAGAGUUUGAGUUCUAUUGCCAAUCCAAUGGAAGCAAGUUCCAAGUAUUUUUAACAAACGCCAAAUUUCAAAAGUGAAAAAGUAGAACCGAAAUUAUAAAAAAUGGGAACUAGUUAAUUUGGAGAAUCUUAGCAUAAUCCAUAAAUGAUAAACUCAUGGGGGAAUGUCUAAAAUGGAAAACUAUUUGUAUUCUCAAUAAAAGAAUAAAACGAUAAUAUUGGAAACCAAAGAAAAGGAAAUAAAUCAGUUGAUGAAAACUUUAUUAGACAAGAAGAAUCAUAAAUGCCAGAGAUAUUAUCUUAAGUAAAUAAUCCUAUGGAGUCUGGAAGUGUGAUUACUAUUCAUUGA